CAUAUAUAACUCCUUCACAUCUAGAGAGAAAGUUAGAAGGAGAAAAAAAAAGGCAAAAAAAAAAAGACUUUUAUUUCAGCGUGUAAAGCAAAUUGUUUCAUCUUGGUAAUCCAUCGAGUAUGAAUUUUCGAUUUCAAAUAUAUAUAUAAAAGACUAUCUAAUCAAGUAUGAUCAUAUCAUUGCUGCCUCCUCCGGUGUUGAUGCAUUUCCUCUUCGCAUUGCUUGCUGGUUUUACUCUUCUUGGCGAUGCCCAGGAUCAAGCAGGAUUUAUCAGCAUAGAUUGUGGCUUGCAACCUGAUGUUACAAGCUAUACUGAGAAGGUUACACGAUUAAACUUCGUUUCCGACUGGACAUUCGUAGACACCGGUGAAAGCAAGAUGAUUUUAGAAAAAUACAAAGGUGAAUACCAACGGCAGUACUCCUCUCUUAGGAGCUUUCCUGAGGGAAACAGGAAUUGCUACAAAAUUAAGGAUGUUUCAGCAGGUACCAAAUAUUUGAUCCGAGCAGGGUUCUUGUACGGUGACUAUGAUAGACGAGAUAUGCCUCCAAGUUUUGAUCUUCACAUUGGAAGUGACUUGUGGGAUACAGUAAAUAUUUCAGACUCCAAAAAUACUGUGGAUAAGGAGAUCAUUCAUAUCCCACCACAAAACCAUAUGCUUGUUUGCCUGGCUAACACAGGUCACGGGAUUCCAUUUAUAUCAACUUUAGAACUAAGGCCCUUGGAUAAUGGCUUAUCAAACUCAAAGGGCGGUAGGUGGGACGUUGGUUCUUCUAGUGCAUACAGGUACAACAAGGAUUUUUAUGAUCGUUUUUGGUACAAGUGGCAACCUCAAAAUUGGAAAACUUUAAGCACAAAACUUCCCAUCAUUGACUCUGAAGGCAUCGAUGCACAUUACAACAUACCAAGUGUAGUUAUGAGCACUGCCGCCGCGCCGGUCGCAAAUGGUUCUUUGAUCUUCCGGUGGCCGCCAAGUGGCAUCAGUACUCCAGGUGAUCAAUAUUACUUCUACAUGCAUUUUGCUGAAAUCCAACUUCCCCAAGCUAAUGAGACGAGGGAAUUCAACAUUUUCUAUAACGGACGCCUCUUCGACGGACCGAUUUCUCCUCCGUACUUACGAACAAGAACGGUGUACAACAAAAUUCCGUUUACAGGGCCGUACCAACAUAAUUUUACGAUCUACGAGACUGAAAACUCAACUCUUCCGCCCAUCCUCAAUGCCUUGGAGAUUUAGACCUUCAAACAAUUUUCACUGCAAGAAACAGACCAACAAGAUGUUGAUGCUAUUGCAAAAGUCAAGUCAACUUAUGGCUUAAAGAGAAACUGGCAAGGAGACCCAUGUCUUCCCAAAGAGUACUCGUGGGAAGGUCUACAGUGUAGCUAUGAUGGAGAUGAUAAGCCUCCAAGAAUUAUAUCCUUGAACUUGUCUUCAAGUGAAUUGACCGGGGAGAUAGCUCCUUCUAUAGCGAACCUAACAAUGAUACAAAUUUUAGAACUAUCAAACAAUAACUUUACGGGACGAGUGCCAAAGUUCUUGUCUCAACUGCAACAAUUAAGGGUCUUAAACUUGGAUAACAACCAGCUCAACGGUACACUUCCAGUAGAGCUCAUGGCAAAAUGGAAGAAAUCUUUGCUACGACUGAGUGUAAACGGGAAUCCAAAUUUAUGCGCAUCAGUUUCUUGCAAAAAGAAGCAUUCUGUAGUUCCAGUAGUAGCAUCAGUUGUUGGAACUUCUCUCCUCUUGUUGGCCGUAGCAGCAUUAGUCCUCUGGUGGCGGCAUCUUUUAAGGAAUAGAUCACAUGGUUUAGCGAAGGCAAAAUUCACUGUUGGUCAAUAUUCAUUGGAGUUAAGGAACGGACAAUUUUCAUAUAACUACAACGACGUACUAAGGAUCACCAACAAGUUUGAGAGGGAUGGUAAAGGCGGAUUUGGAACAGUUUAUCAUGGUUAUGCAGACGAUACCCAAGUAGCUGUGAAAAUGCUCUCACCAUCAUCGGUUCAAGGAUAUCAGCAAUUUCAAGCAGAGGUCAGCAUUCUGCUGAGAGUUCACCAUAGGAAUUUAACAGCUCUUGUUGGUUAUUUCACUGAUGAGAACAACACAGGGCUUAUAUACGAGUAUAUGGCCAACGGUGACUUGCAAUCACAUCUCUCUGCAGAUAAUAGUUCUGUUAAUAUUUUGAGCUGGAAAAACAGACUUCAAAUAGCAAUUGAUGCAGCACAAGGACUGGAGUAUCUCCAUCAUGGCUGUAAACCUCCUAUAAUCCAUAGAGAUGUGAAAGCCGCAAAUAUCUUGUUAGAUGAAAAGUUUCAAGCCAAACUAUCCGAUUUUGGCAUAUCUAAAACUUUUCCAACUGAUGAUGGACUGACUCAUGUAUCAACUGUAGUUGCUGGUACUCCUGGGUACCUUGAUCCUGAGUACUACAAGUCAAAUAGGUUAAAUGAGAAAAGUGAUGUUUACAGCUUCGGGAUGGUCCUAUUGGAGAUCAUUACUGGGAAACUUGUAAUAUCGAAAACCAACGAUAACACUCGUCUUAACGAAUGGGUAACUUUGAUUCUUCAGAAAGGGCUUAUCAAUAGCAUUAUUGAUCCAAGGUUGCAAGGAAACUUCCAUGUUGCCGGUGCUUGGAAAGCAGUGGAAAUAGCAAUAAAUUGUGUAUCUUUAAACUCAACCGAACGACCGACAAUGACUCAGGUGGUCGGAGAACUAAAAGAGUGUUUGAAUGCUACGAAAGUUGCUAAUUAUGCAGAGGAGACCAAAUCAAAAGAUUCAAGUGAUCAAGCGAUUCCUUUGAAUGAUCUGCUCACUUAUGGCAUAGCUUCUCAACCCUCAGCUAGGUAACUAUUCUUGUGUAUGUUAUAAUCUACGAUAAGAAAUAGUAGUUUGUGAGACCUGAUACCAUUUUAUGCUACGCUGUAUCCUACUGUUUCUAAUCCAAUAUUUGUACUUCUAAUUUCUGCAUAUUCGUAUAAGUAUUUUUCUCCCUACUUUUUCUAGCAAAAACACGUCCGUUGAGGAAAAUGACACCUAAAAUUUUUAU